CUGCGUUCAGAAACUUUUACCCAGGUAGAGUAGGAGUAGAGUUAGAGUUGACUUCGGGUUACUGUCGUUUAUGGACGACGAAAGUAACAUCACGGGUUAACAUGGCGCUCUCCCAUCAAGCAUUGAAUAUGAGUGAAAAUAUGGCAGCGCAUCAGGAAAAUAGUGUCCGUAUCAAACGAGCUAUUUCUUUUGUAAUAGCACAAAUCGCUGCUCAAGCCGCUAAUUAUUGGACCAUUAUGAAGGCAUCAGAGGAGGAUGAUGACGAAGAGGAAUUGUUUUGCCUUAUAGCAUUGGAAAAGGGAAAUACGCCAACACGCAUUACUGGAUAUAUUGAGAAUGUGGUGUCGAAUUACACGUCCGUUCAAUUCCAACAACAUUUCAGAGUACCACUUGAUACUUUUGAGGAUUUACUACAAAUGAUUGGAUGUAUGCUAAUAGGUGAUGAUAAUCGACAGGGCCGUCCAAUGAUCGACCCUCGGAAACAAUUACUUUCUGCAAUUUGGCUCCUUAGUACACCAGACUCAUAUAGAUCCAUUGGAGAUCGAUUCAACAUGGCAAAGUCUUCAUUGUCAGCAUCAUUUGUUCGAGUGGUUACAGCGUUGUGCAGAAUUGCACACCGAUUCAUUAAAUGGCCUCAACGAGCUGAAAUAGAGGAGAUCAAAGAAAAGUUCCAAAAACUUUCUCAUAUUCCGGGUGUACUUGGCGCGAUUGACGGAACAUAUAUCCCUAUUAAAGCUCCACAAAUAGAUCCAGAGGUGUAUAUAAAUCGGAAAUGUUUUUAUGGCAUUACUCUGCAAGCCAUCUGCGACCCAUCGUUGAAAUUUAUAGAUUGUUUUGCUGGCUAUCCAAGCUCCGUAAGCGAUGUCAGAAUAUUUCGUAACUCGGAUAUCUAUGCACAAAUAAGUGGUGAACCGCAAGCUUACUUCCCAAAUGGGGAGUUUUUGUUAGGAGACAAGGCCUACCCUGUACUAACCUGGCUUAUUCCCCCGUACAUCGACAGAGGGAACACUACCGAAAUUCAAAGGCACUUUAAUAGAAAUUUGGCAAGCACUAGACAGGUGAUUGAGAGAUCUUUUGCGUUACUGAAAGGUCGUUUUAGAAGAUUAAAAUAUCUGGACAUGAAUCGUACUGAUUUGAUACCUGCUACGAUAUUAGCAUCAUGUGUUCUGCACAACAUGUGUAUCGAUCAUAAUGAUUUAUUUAUAGAAGAAUAUGUCAUUGAGGGAAUGAACAAUGACAACCAAGAUGCAGAGCCGAUCAAUCCCGUACAUGGAGCUGUGCCUGGUGAAAAUAAUGGACAUCAGAAAAGAAACGAAUUAGCCGAGUUAUUGUAUUACCGAGUCUAGCUGAUGUAGAAAUAAAGUACCCAUUUUUAUACUAUUGUAUGACGUAUUCUAUGAAUAAAAAAAUAAGUAUUGUGUAAAUAA